AAGAGAUACAAGGUACAAUUUAUGUGAAGCAAUUUCAAAUAAUUUGUGGUUUACCUGGAUUAACAGGGAAAUAGUACAUAAAACUAAAUCUAGCCUAAAUUCCCAAAUAAAUUAUUGUCAGCAGUUCAGUUAAAGCCAUUCAAACAAUAAAAAAAAACAACACAUUGUUUUUCGCGGCUAAAAUAAAUUAUUAUUUAAUAGGAAAAUGGUAAUGUGCCUAAUUGAAUAGUUGUGUACUCAGAAGUCGUACUCAGUAAUCAGGCAGUGAAGGCACCCACAGACUCUUGACAAAGCGCUAGAGUUGAAGGAUGAUGUGAACUUGUGGUAGAGUUCAGAGCCAGCGUUGCAUGACAGCUUUUUAGUUCAGUGUAGAGCAGAACUGGACUCAACACUGUUUAUUCAGUGUUUAAUAAUACCAGCAGUUUAGUUUUUCUUUAGCAUGUGUUGAUAUGGCUGAAGGACCACCAGGACCCUCUCACUCUGUAGAAAUAGACGCAGACUUCGAGCCUCUUUCUCGCCCACGGUCUUGCACCUGGCCAUUGCGCAGACCGGAGCAACUCGACCCUGGAAACUCCAAUACGUCUUCCCCGGGGCCAUCUCUGCAUCAGGAGCCGGCGGGAAACGGCGAGUACAUCAGUAACCUCGCUUUAUUAGAAGAAGACUAUGGCGAAUACACUGAGCAGAAAUCACCUGUGCCCUGCCGUGAAUACCAGGGGAGUCGCAUCCUUCAUCAUCACCACCAUCCACCUCCUCCACAGCAGCAGCUAUUGGGCCCACACGUACCGGCACAGCAACAGGUGCCUGCUCCCGGAGCUCCUCUGGGUGCCUCCUGCAGCAUCAGUCAGAGGAAAGGUAGUUCGUCCCGACGUAAUGCCUGGGGGAAUAUGUCCUACGCUGACCUGAUCACCAAGGCCAUAGAGAGCUCACCUGAGAAGAGACUGACGCUGUCGCAGAUUUACGACUGGAUGGUCAAAAGUGUGCCCUACUUCAAUGACAAAGGGGACAGCAAUAGCUCAGCAGGUUGGAAGAACUCCAUCAGACACAACCUGUCUCUGCACAGUCGCUUUGUGCGUAUUCAGAAUGAGGGCACAGGGAAGAGCUCCUGGUGGAUGCUGAAUCCUGAAGGAGGAAAAAAUGGGAAGUCACCGCGACGCAGAGCUGCCUCCAUGGACAACAACAGCAAGUUCUCCAAGAGCCGGGGACGUGCCACCAAGAAGAAGAUCGCAGUAGCUGACUUGGUUGACAGCAGUUCCCAUAGCCCAUCUCCUCAGUACUCCCACUGGCUCGGAAGCCCACACUCUCAGAGCAAUGAAGACCAGGACUCCUGGAGCACCUUUAGGACCCGAACCAGCUCUGAUGCCAGCACCCUCAGUGGCCGCAGGUCUCCUUUCCCCUCUGAGCAGGACGAGGUGGGUGAGCCAGACAUACACAUGGGAUACUCUGUGGGGCCCAAGUUAACCUCUCCUCUACCCAGACUGUCUGAGAUGACAGGGUCCAUAGCUCAAAGAGGAUCAGAAAAUACCAUGGACAAUCUCCUGGACAACCUCAACCUCAUGUCACCCCAAAAUUCCCAACUGGCAUGUGACACAACACAUACUUCAAAUGGUGUCAUGCAUCAGAAUAGCCCAUUCAAUUCCUCCCACCAUAAGAGCAUGUACAACCAGGUGAAGAUGACCCCACUGCUCCCUGUGCGCAUGCAGGCGACAAAGGCCAGUUUUGGGCUUUACGAGAACAGCUAUAACUGCGCCUCUGUCCCUAAAGACCUACUACCAUCAGAUGGAGAAGCCACAAGGGGUUCUCUAAUGAGGACUGACUGCCUGUUGCCCUCCUACAAUAGCCAAAGUCAUAUAAGUCCACGCAAUGAGGUUAAAGUGCCAGUUCCACAAUCUCACCAAAGCCCUCUGCCCUCACGAGAAUUGAAUAGCUGCAAUAUGAUACCACUCACGAGUUUGACUAGUCGCCCAGGGGCCCCUCCUCGACUGUCCCACACAACACACAGUAAUCAUUUUAUGGUCUCUAGUAAUAGUAAUCGCUACACUGAGCUAACUUUAGUGCACCCUCGUGGAUAUCACCAGGAGAGGCUGCCCAGUGACCUUGAUAACAUGUCCUUAGAGAGGUUUGAGUGUGAUAUGGAGUCAGUACUACAUGAUACACUGAUGGAUGGGGGAGCGCUGGAUUUUAACUUUGAACCAGCAGGAGCACAGGUCUUUCUGCCCAGAGGGAAAAGCACCUCACAUAGCUGGGUGUCCAGCUAAGGCUUACUGUGAACUAGUGUCUUAUAAUUUCCAAUGAGAAAGUAUAGAAAUCCACUGCUAUAUCCAGUAGCAUAGUGCCUUCCUAUAUUCAAGACAAGAUAGUUUUACAGUUUCACAUGCAAAAACAACAUCCUCCACCAUAUAUGGCAAGACAUUAUGACAAGUUCAAGUUAAUGAAAUUUUAGUUUAAAUAUAAUAAUGUCCACAGUCUUUGUACAUGGAAUUACUAGUUAAGGUUUUACCAAAGUCAAACUCUCUUCAGUAUUUGUAGAAUAAGUAUGUGUACAGUUAUAUGACUUGUAAAUACUCUUUUUAUCGAUCUUUUGUAUAUGAAAGUUUGUUAGAGCAAACAUUUUGGAUUUAUGUAUUGUACUGUGUGCUUUAGCCAUAAUGAAUUGUUUACAUAGGUUUGUUCAAAGUGCCUAUAAAUAUUUAAACACAUACCUCAAUGUUGUACCUCUGAAAUGCUGAGAGGGACAAGGAUUGUUCAGCCAUGAUGGAUUUAAUAUCUGCAGUGUUGUAAUCAUAUCAUAUAAUCGUUUAUGUUUCUGUACUAUAUGUUUAGUUCAUAAUGAAUGUUAUGUGAAUUGUGAUUUGUAAAUAAUACUUAAAUAUUAAAACAAGGCUAUCAGCCAGAUUAAGUCCA